AUGAGAUUGGCGCUGGAUUCACGGGAUAACGGAAGAAAAAGCGCGGCGAACGGUAGGGUAGACUCGAAGGCUGGAGGGAAACAGAGCGGUGGGCAAAGGAUUAGAUGGAUAAGGUAGGAGAUGUUGGGUGAUUGGGCAAAUGUAUUGCUUGAUAUAUGAUUCGUCAAGUUGCGUAUUGAUUCAUGAUUACUGUAGCCUAUAAUGUCAUCGUUUUGAAGCUGAACGUAUGAGGUUCAAAAAAGGUUUAUAUAACAGUUGAAAUCCUUGAAAUGCAACUCUGACUUUUUGAUGAAAUUUGACACAACUUAACACCCAUUUUUCAAGAUUUUUGCCUGACCUUUAGCUUGAUCUGGACAGCUCUAUCCUCCCAUUUCCAGAUGAAAACCUCCUCAACUCCGCCAGAUCGGGCGGAUGAAGCCGACUCUUUUCGCAAAGUCGCCCUCUUUGGCGUUUGUAUGGCCACCACUUCUUGCAUCCUCAUUAUGAUCUCCAUGCCGAUGAUCUACAGCUAUGUCCAACAAAGGCAUACGUUCAUGUUGGAUGAGCUUCGUUUCUGUCAAUCGCGAGCCAACACUAUUUUGGUGGAGACGGCCAAAACGACUGUUCUUCAAGAAGUCAACGCAAAAUUGGGAGGUAUUGGAAGGCGGCACAGAGAUGUUAGAGAUGUCGAAAAGGCGGUAAAACAGUUCAAUGUGCUCUACAAGGAUCGGCUGAGGCGGCAGAAUGGAGAGAGCGAGGUUCAAAGGAUAAACCGGGAUUUGAGGAGACAAGUCAGCGAGGCUGUUUCAAGUUAUGGCGUGGUAAGCAAAAUAUGGGAGAAAAUGCGGAACUUUACGUGCUAUUCGACUGAAGUUAAGGUCAUGGUUUUCUAAAGCAUAAGCAAGAUUUUUGACUUUUUUGUCUAUGGCAUUAACAUGACAUUUUUAUUCGGAAUGUUAGUAAAAGGGAAAAAUGACAAGUUUAAUUCCAGUAACCCACCAAAAAAAUUUUUUAGGACAGUUCUUCACCCUCAGGCUGCUGCGGAUGCGGUGUCUCUCCACCCGGCCCUCCUGGUCGCAAAGGUCAUCCCGGAUGGCCCGGGGUCUCUGGACAACCCGGACGACCAGGAAGAAAUGGAGCAGAAGGUGCGCCUCCUCCUCGCCCAAACCUCAACAUUGAUUGGUGCUACGAAUGCGCCAACUCCGUGCCCGGUCGACCUGGUCAACCGGGACCUCCCGGACCCCCUGGCCAGCGAGGAUAUCAAGGGUUUGACUCGUUGCUUCAUGCUGAACCCGGCCCACCGGGGCCUCCAGGGCCUGUGGGGCCAAGCGGAGGGAAAGGACCAUGCGGAGCGGGCGGACGGCCUGGUCUGCCUGGAAAACUAUACGUUGUGGAGAGAAUUGGGCCUGCUGGGCCUCCAGGCCCUCCUGGCCCACGGGGAUAUCCUGGAAGGGCGGGAACACCCGGAAAGAAUGGAGAAGAGCCAAGAAGAGGUAGGUUAAAUGUUGAGUCGCAAAAGGAACAGUAUGCCUCCAGCCCUGUGAUACUUUUCGACACUAAAUUGGAGGUGAUCUUUUACUAUAUUUAUCCAAUUUCGACAGUGCAAAACAUGGGCUAAUACGAACCUUACACUUUAAAGACUGUUUCAAGAUCGUGAAUCUUAAUUUUGAAAAAAUUUUCAGGUCCUCCCGGAGACCCAGGACAACCAGGCCGUCCAGGAACUCCAGGAUUCCCCGGCCAACGCGGUUUUCAAGGAGAAACCGGACCCCGUGGAUCAUGCUUACACUGUCCUCCACCAAGAACCGCGCCAGGUUAUUAACCUUCGGUUAGCGGCUCACCAUGACCAAAGAACAAUAAUAUCUUUGUGCGACAACUUUACUAAUAUCAGUUACGGUAAACAAACAAAUAAAAUUUAUUUAUUUUUCAAUGGGGCUUCCGGGGUUUAAAUAAUUUCUACUUGUUUUCGAAUUCUUAUCUUGUUUCCAAACUGUAAACAGAGAUUCUGCAAGCGGGUUUGUGUUCACGUUACAACCGUUGAUUGUUAACCCCGCGGUAACAAAUAUUGCUACAGAAGAAUGGUACGAUAAGGCGGACUCGGAAUGUUUUAUUUAAAUAGUGGUGAAUAUUGGAGGCAAAUCCAUGGGGCUGCUUAAUGAAUGGUACAUAAAAAUUAUUUGCAAAAUUUUGCAGAAUUUUUUCGCUAGCUAACAAGGGAAUGGUUUGAACUGUCCGUGAGCUUUCAACAUGAGACCUAGAAAUUCUGAAAGAGCGUACAAAGUUUAGUGGGAAUCCGUUUUCCAUUUUUGCCGAAUGGUCUUGGGAGACGAGAAAUAUCGACAGAAAGAUCCGACAAAAAAAUCGAGAGAGAGAAAAGACGAACCGAAAGGCCGAGAGAAGCGUUACCAAAUAGUCUAGUGGAAAAAGUUCCACGCACGAAACUUUUAGCAGAGGGAAGCCUUGGAGGUUCGAGUCCACCCGGAGCGGAUACCAUCGGCUUGGAUCUACGUGUCGUUAGUGUAUUCGACAACUACGUAA